AAUGUUCCUCUUCCAGGUAAUGUCAGGCAGAAACCAUCUCCAUCCGGUCGCCGUUGGCUGGUUAUGCUGAAAACCAAGAGCAGGGCUGCCCAGAAACUGUGUGCUGAACAUUGGCGGGCUCACCACAUCCCAAUAGUUGAGCUGGCCUUCGAACGCCAAGCAAUGCUGCCUUUCCUCCAUUCGUUGAAUCAAGUAGUUUUGUAUUCUUUCUCGACUAUUGUGCCUGUUGAUUCAGGAUUUGGAAGAAUCAGCAUCCUUGAUGUGACCGCGUCCAAAGUGGUAUUGUCUUUACUUGCCUCUUUUGACAUUUUAGACUCGCUAGAUAACUGCGCAUCUACGGUGGGGACAGCAUCCAGACACGUUCGUAGCAGUGCGAUGCGUGUUUUACCAAACAACAUAAACAACAGGAUCGAUUCUUCUUCCACUCUUGAGUUUUGCAAGGACAGUCCCUUCAGCAUGCACCAAAACGUGCAACAACAAUUCGAGUCACAGGAAACUGUUGUUACAAAGAAAAAUGCUUAUUUUGAAGAACAUGGUUAGAGAUAAUCU